AUAUCAAAUAUGGCACGUUUGGUAUCUACACUAUUUUUCAUCUAAAAUGUUGAGUUUGUAUUUCCUUGUUUUAGGUUUCAGUAAAUCUUACUCAGGCACAAUUCCCUCCCCAGCUCCUAUCACAAACGCAACACUAGAGAAAGCGGCAGAAAUUUUAAAAGAUGCUAGACGUAUCUUCAAAGGCAAAGACGUUUUUGACACUAGGCCAUACAUGGUGUACUUGCGGCCUACCUCUACCCACAAUGAUUUGGCGGACGAAAAUUGGUUAUGCGGUGGCGUUAUUAUCCAUGAGAAUUAUAUACUGACAUCCGCAGCGUGCAUCGAAGACGUCAAAUACUUUUAUAUAGUCUCUGGGACGCAUAGGUGGUUACCACCAGCACAGACAAAUGACUGUAUUAAAAACGGCGCCUUACGAGCCGUUUGGAAAUGUGUUCAUAGAACAUAUCGGUUUGAUGGACAAGUGUUUAACAACAUUCGUUGGAUGGUGAAUGACAUAGCAGUUGUCAUGACGGAGGCCCCGAUUUCCUUCCAAAGACGUGUGAAAGGUUGCGAUUUUGUCCCACAGAUGAUCCGUUUCAAUAAUAUAUCUCAAGAGUUUGAGAAACCCGGAACUCGGGGUUUCAUUGCCGGAUGGGGUUCUUUAAAUGAAUUCACUGACGCAGUAGACAUUUUAGCCCGCACCAGUGUCAAUUCCCGUAUACUGCAGGAAGCGGAGACCAUGAUCAUAACCAAGGAUACUUGCAAGAAUCGCUGGAACCCACGGUACCACAAUAUCAUCCAACACUACAUGAUCUGUGGAAAGCAGGGCCGUGCCGGCGACAUGCGCGAAGGUUGUAUGGAUAAUCAAGUGGACUGCAGACAGCUGAUAUACUCAGAGGAGGAGGGACCUCGAGUUAGAAGAUUCGAGAGGAAUCCCGUUAAGCUCCUUCUACAUUCUGCAGCUGUAGUAAGAAAAAGGGCGAGAGAAAGAAAAAAUUCGAGACGAAACAGUUACCGAGAGAGAUUUGGAGGGUUUUGCGAAAAUGACCAUGGUGGUCCGUUGGUGGUCGGGCUCGGAUCUGCGUCAAUGGUAAUUGGCGUUAUAUCAACGUACAGGGUGGAAAACAAAUCAAAACUUUGCUUCGGACCUUUUCUUUUUACCAGUGUAUACAAUAACAGACAUCUCAUCCAUUGCGCCGUCUUCAAAUCUGAAUCAGACGAUUGUGCGGCUGUGUUACGAGAUCAUUCUAGUGUUCUCGAAGAGGAGAGUUUUGAUUGGGAAAACUUCACAGUCAGGCCUAGAACGGUUUACGAAGGCGAGGAAGAGGACGAGAAAGAACCGGUACUUCGCAGUGGAAAAGACAUUUCGAACGACACAAGAGGCGACAACCAGAAACACAGUGCUACACGAACACCGCCAUAAAAAAAUCAAAGUAUUGUUUAGCAGUACAAUAUAAGUAAUAAAAUACAUUUAUAUUAUAA